CACGACGGCCGAGUGCUGCUGACCCACUGCGUCUUCUGUCUCUACUUGUCUCCCAUAAUCACCACGCAGACGCCCACUGCAACUCCGCCCUCCUCCUCCAGCGCCGCCGACUGCAUAUUGCUCCUCUCGCAUCCGCACCGCCACCACGCCAUCCCGUGCCCGCUAGCAAAAGUGUCAGCUGAAGCUUAUUCCACCCCAAUCCGAGGCCCAACGCUCGACAGCCAGCCCUACCAGCGUACGACGUGGUGAAACGAGCAGUGCAGUCUGAGGCAACAUUCCACCCAGCGCCUACCCGCGACAGACGACAUCACCAGCGGGGCCGCGCGAAUCGGUGGCCGUCUCGAGUCUCCGUCGCAGUUGCACACCCAACUCGCGCGCUGCACUCUCGUCCUGCCGCUACUGCGCCUGCGCCCUGAGCUGGUCGCAAACUAUCCUUCGGCGUGUGACGCUGCGCCUAUUCUGCUGGCGGGCCAAGGCCGCGCUCUUCGUAAUCGGGCGAGCCACCUCGACCCAAGCAGCCAGACCGAGUCCACAGCCUCACCAGCGUUAGGGGACUUCUCCUGCCGCAGACAUUCGCUCAAACACAAUCAUCACCCGAUCACUCGCUAAACCGAGAUCGGGCGCACACGGCGCCCUCUCCUUCGCCCACCACGUCUUCCAAACACAAACAUCGCACCAGCCUGCUGGGAGGUCAAGACUCGUCAUAUCAACCGCUCCACGGCCACUCCUUCUCGUCGCAGCGCCCACCCAUCUACAACCCCGACCCCAGCGCCGCCUACGAGCCUGGCGGAUACCAUGAUCGUCAGGGCCUGGCCACUCGCAACGUGAUCAACUCCACCCCCGGCAGAAGCAGAAAGUGCGGCAGAAUGUAUAUACCCAAUACACGAUGGACAUGGGCCUUCAUGCUCAUUGUCCUGGUCCAGGCCAUCGCCAGUCUGGCCCUAGAAGUCUACGUCUUUGGCGAAUUCCAGGCGAGCCUGGAAAUAAGCGACGAGCCCGGCGCAUCGCGUCCUUCAGCGACCUACACCAUCCCGACCUACCUUGCGCUGUUCAUCUUCGGUUUCAUAUACGAACUCGUCCUGGCAUGGGACGCGCUCAGAUUGAAAAACACGAUUCAGGUCAUCGGGAUAUGCAUAUACAAUGUCGGAAUGUUGAUCUACUCGUCCGUGCAAAUGGAUCAGGUCGACGAGGCCGUGCAAGAAUUGCUCGGGAGGGGCCAAAUCGAGGAUGAUACCUGGAGGCAGCUCAGACCAUUUCUGGUCGCCGCACCGUGUGUGAUAGCAUUGGGCACCGUGCUGCUGUCAUUUGUGGCCUGGAAGCUGUACAACGAAUUUGCCUGGACCAUCUACAAGCACAUCUCCGCUGAUUUGCGAUUGAAGAGGCGAUAUCUGACCUAUCAGAUUUACAUCGCAUUGCUGAAGUUUGAUUUCUUCUUCUUCCUCGGCUUCACAGUACAAUUCGUCGUCGUGGUGACGGGAACCUCAGAUUCCGAAUUCUACCUCACCAUCGCGGCCAUUCCCAUCACCAUCAUCAUUCUGCUCCUUGCAGCAUACUUCAAUCGGAAAGAGAGCUACGUCGGCCAAUUCUGCAUCAUCGUCAUCUACUUUGCUGCAAUGGCCUACUUCAUCUUCAAGCUGGUCAGGAUGUACACUCCCGCGCGAGAAAAGGACUACCAAGCAGCGCGAUCGUCACUCACCACGUUCGCCGUGUUGACACUCCUACUCCUCGUUGUCACCAUCGGCACCGCAAUUGUGUGCAUGAUGAACUUCAACAAAGGGUUGAAGCCACACAUCCAGCGAAGGAAGGUGCCCAAUUCAGGAGAAUUGGCAGACGGCAAAUGGGCCGGCGACGAUAUCAAUGGCCCCCCACAUCCACUCGGAGUUGUUCCGCAAAGGAUGACGAUAGAUUGAUUGAAUAUGGCAUUCUUUUUUAUUCUGGAGAAAGGAAGGGAAUGGAUCAUCUGCAUGUCGACAGACAGCACGGACACGGAAAUGGCGUUUUCACUGCACUGCAGCGGGCAGAACGAGCAGGAACAGGAAGGACAUAUUGUGUUGCAUCUCACUUUGAUUGCCUCUUCUCACUACCCAGCAUCAACAAUCACGGCCGCGCGAAAGCGACAUCAACAUCACGAAUUGAGUCUUAUUGUAGCAUUGCUUUUUUCAUCGUUGAUAGAUACCUCCAUGAAAUGCUCUGUCAGCAGAGCGAAUGACCCAGAAAAGCGCAAGCUCUCUCUUGUUGCUCUUUUUCC